AUGGACAAGGUUCUACAAGUGAUUUACCCCGGCAUGAUUGCUGCAGAUUUUCUUUUGAACACUAAACGAGUUGUCCAAGCUAUCGUGCUGUGGAAUGAGCGCUUAACAUUCCUAAAUAACAAAGCCUUAGAAAAAGAAAAUGACCUUGCAAAAGAAGUGAGUAUGUUGCUGUACAAGAGGCUGUGCCGUGGGUAUGCUGCUAUUUACAAACUUUCUCCGGCUAUAGAAUCUGGCAAAAAACUUUUAGUCCUAUUUCGUAAAUGUAAGAGAAAAAAGGAAGAGGGUGACACAGCCUUGAUGCUAGCAAGACUGUACACGCAAAAAAGUGAAAACAAGAAAGCACAAGAAUAUCUUCAGAAAGCACUUACCAUCAACACAGAAAUUGGCGACAAACACGGAGAAGCGUCAUGCUACAUAAACCUAGGAAACGUGUUUGAUUCUGUCGGAGAAUAUGCCAAGGCUGAAGAAUAUCUUCAGAAAGCACUUACCAUCAACACAGAAAUUGGCGACAAACACGUAGAAGCGUCAUGCUAUGUAAACCUAGGAAACGUGUUUAUGUCUGUCGGAGAAUAUGCCAAGGCUGAAGAAUAUCUUCAGAAAGCACUUACCAUCGAGAGAGAAAUUGGCAACAGACACGGAGAAGCGUCAUGCUACAUAAGCCUAGGAAACGUGUUUCAUAAUGUCGGAGAAUAUGCCAAGGCUGAAGAAUAUCUUCAGAAAGCACUUACCAUCAACACAGAAAUUUGCGACAAACACGGAGAAGCGUCAUGCUACAUAAACCUAGGAGACGUGUUUGAUUCUGUCGGAGAAUAUGCCAAGGCUGAAGAAUAUCUUCAGAAAGCACUUACCAUCGAGAGAGAAAUUGGCAACAGACACGGAGAAGCGUCAUGCUACAUAAGCCUAGGAAACGUGUUUCAUAAUGUCGGAGAAUAUGCCAAGGCUGAAGAAUAUCUUCAGAAAGCACUUACCAUCAACACAGAAAUUUGCGACAAACACGGAGAAGCGUCAUGCUACAUAAACCUAGGAGACGUGUUUGAUUCUGUCGGAGAAUAUGCCAAGGCUGAAGAAUAUCUUCAGAAAGCACUUACCAUCGAGAGAGAAAUUGGCAACAGACACGGAGAAGCGUCAUGCUACAUAAGCCUAGGAAACGUGUUUCAUAAUGUCGGAGAAUAUGCCAAGGCUGAAGAAUAUCUUCAGAAAGCACUUACCAUCAACACAGAAAUUUGCGACAAACACGGAGAAGCGUCAUGCUACAUAAACCUAGGAGACGUGUUUGAUUCUGUCGGAGAAUAUGCCAAGGCUGAAGAAUAUCUUCAGAAAGCACUUACCAUCGAGAGAGAAAUUGGCAACAGACACGGAGAAGCGUCAUGCUACAUAAGCCUAGGAAACGUGUUUCAUAAUGUCGGAGAAUAUGCCAAGGCUGAAGAAUAUCUUCAGAAAGCACUUACCAUCAACACAGAAAUUUGCGACAAACACGGAGAAGCGUCAUGCUACAUAAACCUAGGAAACGUGUUUCAGCGUGUCGGAGAAUAUGCCAAGGCUGAAGAAUAUCUUCAGAAAGCACUUACCAUCAACACAGAAAUUUGCGAGAAACACGGAGAAGCGUCAUGCUACAUAAACCUAGGAAACGUGUUUCAGCGUGUCGGAGAAUAUGCCAAGGCUGAAGAAUAUCUUCAGAAAGCACUUACCAUCAACACAGAAAUUGGCGACAAAGACGGAGAAGCGACAUGCUACAUAAACCUAGGAGAAGUGUUUGAUUCUGUCGGAGAAUAUGCCAAGGCUGAAGAAUAUCUUCAGAAAGCACUUACCAUCGAGACAGAAAUUGGCAACAGACACGGAGAAGCGUCAUGCUACAUAAACCUUGGAAACGUGUUUCUGUCUGUCGGAGAAUAUGCCAAGGCUGAAGAAUAUCUUCAGAAAGCACUUACCAUCACGACAGAAAUUGGCGACAAAGACGGAGAAGCGAGAUGCUACGGAAACCUUGGAUCUUUGUGUCUAACUAUCGGGGAACAUGCCAAGGCUGAAGAAUAUUUUAGAAAAGCUAUUGAAAUUAGCAAGGACACUGGAGACAUCGAAGUGCAGUUUAUGGCUCACCUAAAUCUAAGUUAUUGUUCUUUAGCAUUAACAGGAAACGCAUCUGAAGCUUUAUCGAAUCUCCUUGCUAGCAUUGAGAAGUGCGAGAGAAUACUUAACUUUCUAGGAAACAAUGAUCGAUAUAAGAUAUUAUUUUUUGAUCAGCACGCGUCCCCCUAUCGACUGUUUAGUUUACUGUGUUCUUCUUCUGGAAAACACUAUGAGGCUUUACACGUUGUUGAGCUUGGAAGAGCCAGAGCUCUAGCAGACCUAGUAUCAGACCGAUAUUUUGUGGAGAAAGAAGUAUCUCUAAAUCCAGAAUCGUUUGCUGGCAUCUUGAAGGUCAUCAGAGAUAGUAGUAACAGAACGUGCCUAUACAUUUCCUACCAUGGUGAAGAUAUAUUUCUUUGGACUGUAAAACAAAGCAAGCCGAUAGCUUUCCGAAAAACAAAUCUUUCUGAAAGCUAUGUUAGCAAGCACGGAGAACUGUCUGUGGAUGACCUUUUUAAAAGGGAGAGCUUAUUAAGAAAUUUUCACGUUUUACCGCAAGAGCAAUGCGAAGACCGAUCACUCUUCUCCUCGUACGCCAACCAACUUACAAACGAAGCAAGUCUGGAAGAUAGUCUCUCAUCCUUGCGUCCUGUUUGGGAUGAGGAAGAAGUAAACACAGACCCUGAACCGCCAACACUGUUUCAGCUUUACAACAUGUUGAUUGCUCCCGUAAGAGACCUGCUAGAAGGAUUUGAAAUCAUUGUUGUUCCUGAUCGCUCCUUCUUCCAAGUUCCGUUUGCAGCGCUACAAGAUGAAUGUAACCGCUAUUUAUCAGAUUCUUUCAGGAUACGCAUUGUCCCUUCUUUGACUACUCUCAAGCUCAUUCUGAACAGUCCAGCGGGCUCUCACAGCGAAACUGGUGCAUUGAUUGUGGGUGAGCCAAGUGUGACGGAUGUGUAUUUCAAGGGAAAGUUAAGGUAUCUCUGUAAAUUGCCUGGCGCGAAAGCGGAAGCAGAGAUGAUUGCAAGACUACUACCUGAAUCUCACCUUUUGAUAAGAGAGCAAGCAACAAAGCAGGCGGUUCUCCAGAGACUACCUUCAGUGAGUCUCGUGCAUUUCGCUGCUCAUGAUGAUGCCGAAAGAGGAGAAAUUGCUCUUACCCCCCCUGACUCCGCAAUGCUUCCUCCACAUGAAGCAGACUACUUACUGACAAUGACCGACAUCUCACAAGUUAGACUGUCAGCCAAACUGGUGGUCCUUAGCUGUUGCCAUACCGCAAGUGGACAGAUCAAAACAGAAGGCGUUGUUGGAAUCGCUCGAGCAUUCUUAGGAUCGGGUGCACGCUCAGUGUUGGUGGCAUUGUGGGCCUUACAAGACAGAGCAACAGAGCAGUUCAUGAGAAGAUUCUACGAAAACCUUGUCCAAGGAGAAAGUGCAAGUGAAUGUCUUCACCGGGCCAUGAAGUGGAUGCGAAAGAACCGUUUCUCUGAAGUGAGGCAGUGGGCACCUUUCAUGCUAAUUGGGGAUGACGUGUCAUUCCACUUUGGUCAAGAAAAGUAA